AUGGAAAUCGACCAAUCCGAUGACGACGAAGUCGAGAGAAGAUCCGAUAUGCUGCGAAAUCUCUCGGCCAACGGCCCGCUGCCCAUUUCCAUGGCGAAGCUCUCCGGUUCGUGUCGCAUCUUACCCUCCCGAAAGGACUUCCAUUUCUACAACAAUUUUCAAGAUUUCAAGCUCCCCAUCAAGGAAUUCGACAAGAAGUCCAAGAAUCUUCUGGAGAAAAUCGGUGCGUCGAAGGAUUUGUUCGGGAAGAAAAUCCCUCUGCCGGACGACAAGGACGUCGAGUUGGACGACGACGCGGCGCUUGAUUGGCUGGUGAACGUGAACGACGAGAUUUUCGAGAGGUUCGAUGUGUCCUUGGAUGAUUUCAGGGGGCUGCGUAAGGAGGAAGAGGAGAGUGGCGUGAGGACGAUGAGGGUCAAUGGGGUUGAUGAGGAUGGGUUUCAGAUGGUUUAUGGGAAGAAGAACAAGAAACCUGUGGGGGGUGUGGCGAGGAAUGCUGAUGGGGAAGUGAAAGGGGCUCAAGAAGUGAAGGUGGCUACCAAGUUGAAGCCAAAAAUCCCGUUUCACGUACCUUCUAUAACGAAGCCGCAGGAUGAGUAUAAGAUCAUUGUGAAUAAUACGAACCAGCCGUUUGAGCAUGUGUGGUUGCAGAGGAGUGAGGAUGGUUCUAGGUUCUUACAUCCUUUGGAGGAGCUCUCUGUUCUCGACUUUGUUGAUAAGAGUGAUAGUAUGGAUGAACCCGAAAAACCUCUUCCGAUCGAACUUACGCCACUCAAAUUUGUGGAGAACGUUAAAGACUUGAAGCAGUUAGCCAUCACGCUGCGUAAUGUGAAUGAAUUUGCGGUUGAUUUAGAACACAACCAUUAUAGGUCCUUUCAAGGGCUGACAUGUUUGAUGCAAAUAUCUACAAGAACGGAAGACUUUAUAAUCGACACUCUGAAACUUCGCAUUCACAUUGGUCCGUAUCUCAGAGAAGUAUUCAAAGAUCCAACUAAGAGAAAGGUAAUGCAUGGAGCAGACCGUGAUAUCAUGUGGCUUCAACGUGACUUUGGCAUUUAUGUCUGUAAUAUGUUUGACACGGGACAGGCCUCAAGGGUUUUGAAAAUGGAAAGGUACAGCCUGGAACAUCUCUUGAAUCAUUUCUGUGGAGUUACAGCAAACAAAGAAUACCAGAAUGCAGAUUGGAGAAUUAGACCUCUUCCGCAUGAGAUGAUCAAAUAUGCCCGAGAAGAUACACAUUAUUUGUUGUAUAUAUAUGAUCUUAUGAGGAUAAGGUUGCUCAAGUUAUCUGCCGAUUCUGAAAGUUCUGAUCCUCCUCUAAUUGAGGUCUACAAACGCAGUUAUGAUAUAUGCACUCAACUCUAUGAGAAAGAGCUUCUGACAGAAUCUUCAUAUCUUCACAUUUAUGGGGUGCAUAAUGCUGGGCUGAAUGCUCAACAGCUAGCAGUUGUUUCUGGACUUUGUGAGUGGAGGGAUGUCAUUGCUCGUUCAGAAGAUGAGAGUACUGGUUAUGUUUUGCCCAAUAGAACUCUUAUUGAAAUUGCUAAGGAGAUGCCUCUCACAACAAACCACUUGCGUCGGAUCUUGAAAUCUAAGCACCCUUAUAUCGAACGGAAUCUUGGUUCAGUUGUCAGUAUUAUAAGGCACUCAAUUCAAAAUGCUUCUGCAUUUGAGGAGGCUGCUAAACUUCUUAAUGAAAGACGCUUGGAAUUGGCAAACGAAGAACACACUUUGGCCACAGAGGACACCGAAGUACCACAUUCUGAAGCUCCUGAUGAAAUAUUGAAGAUUGCUGAGGGAGUCGAUAAUGUGCAAAACAUCAGUUCGUGUAAUGAUCCUGUGGUUGGGAACUCAACAGGGUCCACACAACAUAAGGUUGAGUUUCGGGACAAUAGUGAAAAGGGUAAAGAUAUCAGUAUUGCAAAUGAUAAUAGUGAGACGCGGCCUGUACUUGGAGACCCUAAAGAUGGACAUGCUAAUGUGAGUUCAUCACAUUCUGCUGAAGCAACUGUUCAGCUGCUGAAGAAGCCUAGCCGAGCUUUUGGCGCGUUGCUUGGAAAUUCGGCAAAGAGGAAGUUCAAUCCUGAUGAAACAAAACACGGAGGCGGUAAACUGGAUCAGAUAAAAUCAACGGUUAGCCUUCCUUUCCUUACAUUCUCGGGUAUGAACGAGAGACUCCAAACGGAUCCUGAAGAAACUGCCAAGAAUCUCGAUACUGCGCAGCACCACACAGAAUCUUCAGCUCCUGUCCCAGCCUCGACUCUAGAAGACAUCAUCAUCUUGGAUGCUGACUCAGACUCCGAUGUUGACCUGGCAAGAGAUGACACACGUGCCCCCAACAGCUCCAAUGACCCUCCUGAAAGAAAGGACCAAGAACAAAAUUCGGGUUCAGAUGUGGAUGAGCCCAUGUCGCUCGAUGACCUGUCUUCCAGCUUCCAAAAGUGCCUACCCUCGCCAGAUCAGACUAUAAGUGGUAAAGCCGUUGGUAAAUCUCCAUCUUUCUUGGAGGUGAAGCCUUUUGACUAUGAGGCUGCACGAAAACAGGUGAAAUUUGGGGCAAAUCGCAAAGGAGAACCAAUGGGUGAGGAUGAUGAUCGUAGUGUUAGGAAACAAGACAGGCAAAAGGGUUUGGUGAAGGAAAAGUCGGGGAAGGAUGAGGGCCCCACAGAGUUUGGACAGGGUAGAAGGCGUCAGGCUUUCCCGGCUUCUGGCAACCGUAGUGCGACUUUUCGUUGGUAG